UCCGCGUCCACCUCCACGACGCUGCUUCCCGGAGCGCUGCGGUCGGGCACGUUCAGGGUCGAAACCCGGGGAAGGAGCCGGGAGAGGAGGCUCCGUGGGGACCCUCCCGUCCGGACGCGGCCUCGGUUCCCGUGUUUACUAAAAGACCUUUUACGCCUCACUGGGGAUCGCCACCGUCCCUGCGUGUGGCCUUGACCCCUCACCUGCUUGCAGAAAGCGCAGGAGGCAGCUAAUAUCCACACUCCUGUAGCAGUGAGCCCCAGACCACUUUCCCGCAGACGAAAGGGAGCCUCCACAAGGGGAUACUCUCUUUAGAAAUCUUGGCCUAGAAAAGAAAGCUCUUAGCACUAAAGGCAGACCUGAGCCCUGGCUGGCUGCCUGCGGUGGUGCAGACUGUCUGCUGUGUGACCUUGGGCGGGGCCGCACGGCCACCUGAGCCUGGGUGUCAGAAACGAUGGUGGCACCUGUCUCAGAGGGUGAAGGUGAAACAAGGAAGUCAGGGGUGAGCAGCAGGUUGGAUGCUGGUGUCCUUCUCUUCCCUCUCUGAGCCCCCCAGCAUCCUAGGAGCAGACAGAAAGGACAGGGGUGGGGACAGCUGGUCUUUGUCACAAAGUUGCUAGUUUGUCGAGAGAAAUCUCGUUGUCCCUUCCUUCCCCCCAGGGAGCUGGCAGGGUGCACUGUGCCUGGAUUUGUCCCCCCAUCCUCCGUGGGAGCGCUGGAGCCCCCUCUGUGUGUCCCUGAUUAUCUUGACACAGAGCUGACUCCUUGUCACGUUGUUCCUUUUUAGCAAAGGCUGUGUGUUCAGUAGGUAACAGAUUGACUCUUUUCAACUCCCCUAGCAGCGGGAAGAAUUCCUCCUUAAACCCUCAGUCCCAGUAUGCGACUUGUGCCCAUAUUGCUAGCUUAAUCCUUCCUCUGUGUGCCCCCCAUCCUCCAAGGUCCCCCAAAGCCUGGCUCUGUGCUGUUAGUGGGUUGCUUGACUUUUCAAAGCUGGAAGAAACCUUAACAUCCCCUGAUGCACCAGCCCAGUCCGUAGAUUAAACUGUGAAGUCUACAGAGGUUAAGUUGCUUGGUCAAGUUUAUCCUGCAUGUUCCAGCCGGGGCAUGGGCUCCCCCUGCAGAGGUUUCCUGCCUGUGGGCAUUUUUUUAAUGGUCAAGUGAAAUAGCCCAGGGAUUGAGAGCAGGAAAGCCUCCUUAGGUCUCCUUCUUCCUGUGUGUGACGCUGGGCAAGUUACUUCCCCUCACUGCCAUCAGCUUCUUCCUUUAUAAACUGAGGAUAAUAAUAGUGCUGUCCUGGUGGGCUUGUUGUGGGGUUAAAUCAGUGAGACACAGAAAACACGUAAGACAGUGCCUGUGUCUAGAAUGUCUUUUAUACUUGGUAGUCAUCACUGCAUCAUAUCCUUAACUUCAUGAAAUUUUAAAAGUAUGAGAUUCUUAAAGAUUAGGCCACAUUCAACCAGGCAUCCCAGUGAAGGGCCCAUGUCUGUCCAGUUUUGAAGCCGGACAGACUCAGGUUUGAUUCCCAGCCAUUCACUAGCUUUGUGACCUUGAGCUCAAUAUCCUCAUCGAUAAAAUGGGUUAAGUGACAUCAGCCCAGCCAGAUAGUUGUGGGAGUUUAAUGAGAUAGCACAUGUCAGCUUGGUUCCAGGGUCACAGUCUGGGUUCUGAAAUGAUAACUGUUGUCAUUAUAAUCUUGAUCUCUCGAAAAGGCCUAAUUCAGCUCAAGCAUCCAAAGGUAGGUACUUGUAGGAGGUGGGCUAAAAGACGUGAUGAGGUGAAAAAGGAACACUUAUUAAAUGUUCUAUCUGAUUCUAACCCUCUGAUUUUUCCAGCUCUCGGAGUAAGGGAGUUCUUUGUAGUACAGUUUUUUCUCCCUCUUUCCUCCAUGUGACUGUUUCGCUCUUGCUGUCACUGAUACCUGCCAGCAGAGCCUGCAAUUCAUGAAUGACCUCGAGUUAUUACUACACGCUCAGAAGUCCUGUUCUUGUCGCAGGGCUGCGAUCUUGUUUAUGAUGGAGGGAAGCCGGCAGACGCGAGUGUCUCGGCCGUCCAAGAUCAGCGAAUCCUCAAAGACAUUGAACACACCCAGUUAAAGAACAUUAUCAAACCCUUCCAGCCCCUACAAUCAAGACAGCCACUCGCCCAGCUUCCAGCCCUGCAGUUUUGCCUGCCCUUGAACUUAUAUACAUGGAGUCGGGGUGGGUCCCCUGGGUGCCUGGCUCGUUACUCUUGUCACCCUGCCUCUGAGGUUCAGCCUGGUUGCUGCACGUGCGGGUAGAUCGUGCCCUUCUCGGAGCGGUGGAGUCUUCCAUUGUGUGGCGGCCGCUGUUCAUUUAUCUGCUCUAAAAUGUGUUGAUCCACUUUGAUGCUGAAUUCUUUUUUAUUUUUUAAUUAUUUAUUUAGUUUGUUUAUUUAUUUGGCCAUGCCGCGCAGCUUGCAGGAUCUUAGUUCCCCGACCGGGGAUCGAACCCGUGCCCCCUGUGGUAGAAUCACGGAGUCCUAACCACUGGACCGCCAGGGAAGUCCCUGAGCUCUUUUCUAAUAUAAGAUACCCCAUACCUGCUUUCCGCCCAGUGUUAGAUCCUGAGUUUCUUCACCUGAUUAAGGUGCUAAAGUAGGAAACAAAGGAAUGAACAGGGUUAAUACCACUGGAGAAUGUUGCAGGUCGGAGUUUCUAAAUUACAUGAAAUGUUGCAACUCAGUUACUGAUGCCAGUUUAACGUUGGGAAGUCACGUUUGUCUGUUUUUAGUUCUGGUCUCUGCUGCUGUACUAAAUAACCAGAAAUGGGCUGUAGUCAAGACCCAGGUAAAGAAUUAAACGUGCCCAUUUAGCCUGGAGACCCAGCUGUGGAAACAGUGGCUGCCGUCUCCCCUGCCCUGGCUCGCUGCAGCAGGUGGCUCCCCUGGUAGCUGUCAUCUGGGGCUCUCCCCAGUCCCCGCCCCUCCCCAGGGCUGUUUCCCUUUUCACGCGGUAGCCUGGGGGCGUGUGUGCCCCUUUUUAAGCGGGGUAAUUCCAGCACCCUCACCAGCUUGGAAACAACCAGGAGCCCGGGGUGGGCUGACAGCCCACCUGAUGCCCCUCACUUGCUUCUCUAGGACACUAGCCUUCACUGUUACUCGGUAGCUUGCCGCUGUAGUGCCUUUUUCAUUGCCUUCCUUCAGUCCGCACCCAAGAGGGGCCCCAAGCCAAUAUGUGUUGAAGCCCAGACCAGGCCAGCCUGGCUCUCUCUGAAUAACCAGGAUAGAGGGAGAUACCUGUGUAUGUGGACCUUCAGGAAACCAUCCUGUAAUGUAAGGUAGGAGAGCUUGGCUCUGUAAACUGGGAAGGGAAGGAAGCUUUAGGGAACGUCUGUUUGGUACCCUCAGAAUGUGAGGACAUUGCCCGAGCCUGUUGCACAGACAGAGCGAUUGAUGUGGGAAUUGGCCGGACGGGGAAGAACCACGGGAAAUAAAGUGCCCCGAUUACUAAUGCAUCGGAGGCGGUAAGGAGCAGAUUUGGAAGGGAAGAAAAAACCACCCCCCUGCCGUAGGACACAUGUUGAGAAGUAACCCAGAAGGACCAGUGCACCAGUCACCCAGCUGCUCACACCUGCUGAGCCCUCACCCUCACCCACCUGUCUUCCUUUCCACCACCACUUCCCCUCGGGCUUAACGCCUGCCCCGCCCCUUUCCGCAGUCCUCCCUGAAUCGCCCUGCUACCUAGUUGGUAUUUCUGAAUGGUCUGUUUCCCAUAUGUUGAAUUUUUUUGUUGUUUUUAUAGGGAAUAAAUAAAGCGGUGUGAAAUACCCUAAUUAGUCCUUCCAGGGCAUAGAAACCGUUGUCCGGGUCUGAUUUUUCUUUGCAUCUUCAAAAGCCCAGGGCAGGCAGAUAACAGUCAAGCAAUGUCCACCUACCUGAAUUUAUUGAAUUAAUUCCUAUUAACUAUUCAUAUUAAUAGAUUCGUUAAUUCCAGUGUAGCGUGGUGAUUAAAGGUUUGGGCUCUGGGAUCAGACCUAGGUUCAAAUCCCAGCCCCGCCCCUCAGUCCCUGUGGGACUUUGGGCAAGUUCCUUAGUCUCUCUGAAGCUCACUUUUCCUCCUCUGGAAUAAGGGGGUUACAACUGACGUUCCGUUGGAGGGUUCCUGGGAUGCUCAAAUGAGAGUGUGCAGGCGAGUGCACAGUGCGGUCUGCGGCACAUACAGCUCCUGGGAAAAGACAGCGUUCCUGCAGUUUACAUACAUUUUCUGGCAAUGACUGUUGAAGCCGUGUCUCUGAAAGUAAGAUUCCCCAGAGCACGUUAGUCUGGAUAUAUUGCAGUCUCUGGGACCCUCUAGCUCCCUGCACUGGUCUCUGUAGCAUAGCUGUCGGCACCGCGACUCCGUGGGAACUGACGGUCACAGCUGCUGACUUUGCUCCCGCUGUCCCCGGGCCAGCUCUGCGCUAUGUUCUGGCUCAUGACCCCUCCCCCGCACCAAACCUGGGGAGAGCAGGAGCCGAGGCUCAGAGGCUGCUCGGGACUCCCCCGGGCCACACAGCUGCAGAGCAGUGGCACUGGGGUUCCACCGGCUCCUGUCCGCCUUGAGAGGGCACGCCCCAGGCAGCUGCACCUCCCGAUAGGACAGCGUUUCCGACCCCGUGUGCCGUGACCCACACACACUAAGGAGGAAAGAGAGACAGGGAAGGAAGGAAGCUUUGGGGAAUCCUGUUUACAAAGAAGGAGAGAGGGAAAACGAAACAAAGGGAAAAAGAAAGAUUGAGUUAAAAUUUUUAUUUGUAAAGAAGGGAGGAAAUAUACAAACACAUAUGCACACGUACAGGGAAACACCCUGACUUUCUGCGAGGUGCUCUGACACCUUGUUGCCUGUUCUCUCAUUCCACUGUAUGUCAGUGCUGGUCGCGUAGCGCUAGCUGGGCCGCUGCGGUGUGGGGGCGGGUUGACGGCCCCCUCCCCUCCUGACGCGCGCUCUCCACCGCCACCGCAGGCGUACCGCUGGGCCGACCACUCAAGCACGGUGCUGCAGCGGCUGAACGAGCAGCGCCUGCGCGGCCUCUUCUGCGACGUGGUCCUGGUGGCCGACGAGCAGCGCGUGCCAGCCCACCGCAACCUGCUGGCAGUGUGCAGCGACUACUUCAACUCCAUGUUCACCCUCGGCAUGCGCGAGGCCUUCCAGAAGGAGGUGGAGCUGAUCGGCGCCUCCUACGUCGGGCUCAAGGCCGUGGUGGACUUCCUGUACGGCGGGGAGCUGGUGCUGGACGGUGGCAACAUCGACUACGUCCUGGAGACAGCCCACCUGCUGCAGAUCUGGACGGUGGUGGACUUCUGCUGCGAGUACCUGGAGCAGGAGGUGAGCGAGGACAAUUACCUGUACCUGCAGAAGCUGGCCUCCAUCUACAGCCUCAGGCGGCUGGACGCCUUCCUUGACGGCUUCAUCCUCAGCCGCUUCGGCACGCUGUCCUUCACGCCCGACUUCCUGCAGAACGUCUCCGUGCAGAAGCUGUGCGCCUACCUGGGCAGCAGCCAGGUGCAGCGGGAGUGCGAGCACGACCUGCUGCAGGCGGCCCUGCAGUGGCUGACGCAGCGGCCCGAGCGCGAGGCCCACGCCUACCAGGUGCUGGAGAACAUCCACUUCCCGCUCAUCCCCAAGAACGACCUGCUGCACCGCGUCAAGCCGGCCGUGUGCUCACUGCUGCCCCGCGAGGCCAACUGCGAGGGCUUCAUCGAGGAGGCCGUGCGCUACCACAACAGCCUGGCGGCCCAGCCGGUCAUGCAGACCAAGCGCACGGCCCUCCGCACCACCCAGGAGUGCCUGCUGUUUGUGGGCGGCGAGGUCUCCGAGCGGUGUCUGGAGCUCAGCGACGACACCUGCUACCUGGACGCCCAGAGCGAGCAGUGGGUCAAGGAGACGCCCCUGCCGGCCCGGCGGAGCCACCACUGCGUCGCCGUGCUGGGGGGGUUCAUCUUCAUCGCUGGCGGCAGCUUCUCGCGGGACAACGGAGGGGAUGCGGCAUCCAAUCUUCUUUAUAGGUAUGACCCCCGCUGUAAACAGUGGAUCAAGGUGGCCUCCAUGAACCAGCGCCGCGUGGAUUUCUACUUGGCCUCCAUCGAAGACAUGCUGGUGGCCGUCGGCGGCCGGAAUGAGAAUGGAGCUCUCUCGUCGGUAGAAACCUACAGUCCCAAGACCGACUCCUGGUCCUAUGUGGCCGGCUUGCCAAGGUUCACGUAUGGCCACGCGGGCACCAUCUACAAAGACUUCGUGUACAUCUCAGGGGGCCACGACUACCAGAUCGGCCCCUACCGCAAGAACCUGCUGUGCUACGACCACCGGACAGACGUGUGGGAAGAACGGCGGCCCAUGACCACGGCGCGUGGCUGGCACAGCAUGUGCAGCCUGGGGGACAGCAUCUACUCCAUCGGCGGCAGCGACGACAGCCUCGAGUCCAUGGAGCGCUUCGACGUGCUGGGCGUGGAGGCCUACAGCCCGCAGUGCAACCAGUGGACCCGCGUGGCACCACUGCUGCACGCCAAUAGCGAGUCGGGGGUGGCCGUGUGGGAGGGCCGCAUCUACAUCCUGGGCGGCUACAGCUGGGAGAACACGGCCUUCUCCAAGACGGUGCAGGUCUACGACCGCGAGAAGGACAAGUGGAGCAAGGGCACCGACCUGCCCAAGGCCAUCGCCGGCGUGUCCGCCUGCGUGUGUGCCCUGAAGCCACGGCUGGAGGACAAGAAGAAGAAGGGCAAGGGCAAGAGGCCGCAGGACCGCGGCCAGUGACGCCGCCGCCGCCGCCUACGGCGCGUCUGGAGACCAGCAGCCACUUGGUAGAAUCCCGGAACCAUUAUCAACGACUUAGCAGCUUUUUUUACUUUUAUGAUUCUUGGUAUUUCUAUGAUAUCACAGUAACCGAUUAAAUAUUCUGUAUGACUUGA